AUGGUGUGGCAAUGACGUCAUCUCAAUCAACAUUAUGGGAGAACUCGCCUCAGUUAGGACUCGAAGUUUGAACAGUGAGGAUCUCUAGAUUCAGUGUUAAAAGGAUUUCGUGUUCUUGUGCUCAAGUGUUAAGGAUUUUCCGCUUGAAGUGUAGGAAAAACACCACUUCAAUUAAGGAUACGUAGAGUGGUCGAUACCUACUACAAAGGUGGAGCAGAAAUGAAUGCCUUUCAAUGUGCCAUCCUUAUCUUCGCUUUGCUUGAGAGUGUGCAUUCAUACAGCAAGUUUGGUAGGAAAUGUGACGAUAUAGGGUGCGCCUCCAACGAGGAAUGUGUGAUGGCUAGCAAGCCAUGUUCGUAUUUUGACAGAAAGGACGAGUGUGGAGAAUAUCCCACAUGUAAAAAAGUUGGAAAUGGAGUCAAAAGUUGUGACAACUACGUAUGUCCACCCUCAAAAGUUUGCAAAAUGGAUGGUGGUAUACCAAAAUGCUUCGACGAUUCCAGUAAAAUUGGAAAAGUACCACUUUACGACACGAGCAAUCUAAACGGACAAUCCCACCCAAGUGGGAACUACAAUCCUAGCGCCCCUUCUGCCUCUGGAGGCUCUCUAUAUCCAAACAUAAGACCAGAUGGCAAUACCCAUAACACCGGCUACAAUAACCCUGGUUACCAACAACCUGCUGGAGGAGUACAAAGACCCAUGGGUAAUUAUGGUGGUUACCAACAACCCUCAAAUAACUAUGGUGGUUACCAACAACCGUCAAACAACUACGGCGGUUACCCAGCAUCUGGUGGUUACCCAGGUUACAACAAUAGGCCCGCAGGAGGAUAUGUCCAACAGAACGGUGGUUACGGAGGUUAUAACAGAGCUCAGCAACAACCAGCAGCGCCAUCUGGAUACUAUGUUGCUGGAGCUGGUUACCAACAGCCAUCACCAAACUAUGGUUAUGGCUCAAAUAAUAAUAGAUACCCUAACGAUGGUUACGGAUAUUCUCAAGGUGGAUAUGGCAAUAAUAACUACGGAUACAACCAAAACGGACAAAACAGACCAAAGGGCAACAGCGGUUCUUCCUUCACAGACUCCCUCAAGGACGCAUUGAAAAAAAUAGGUUCGGAUUUCCUUCAAAAAGCUGUUUCUGGUGCACUGAAGACAAAUUAAAUUAUCGCUUGAAUAUGUAGAACAAAUGUAAUUCUCUAUUUUUUUCAGGGAUACUGAUCCUAGUAGUCCAUUGUAUCAGCCAAUACUAUUGGAGGUAGAACACAAAAGAAACAAUGGCGCAAAAACUAAGAGCUGUGAUUGUUUAUAACAUUAGAAGAGAUGUGUUAGGGAAGAUUCAAGAAUAAAAUUUUUUCGUACCUGUUCUAGUCAUUGAGAUCUGAUACAUUCAUAUACUCAUAGGAUUUCUAUCAAUAGUAGUCCCAGCAUUUCACCUCCUUAUAUGCUUUACAUACUAGAAAUAGUCAAUUUUAUUUUUAUUCCACCAAAAUUGACUAUUUUCCAAGCAACCCUUAUUCCAUUAACAUCUGCAUGCUUUCUACCCUUGUUUUGGAUUUUGGAAGUGGUUAUUUUCAAAGCUCUGUUUAUUUUUGCUACUAAUAUGCCGUUGGUUUCUUUAUUGUUCUUUUUUUAUUGUUUGAUUUUUGUUAUAACAACAAUUACCUUGCUUUUGUGUUAAACUGCUAGUUUUACAUUAAAAUAAUGUAGGAAAUUA